AUGUUUUUGGAAAACGAUCACCAGCCAAUCAUUAGUCAUUCGCCGUACGACUUGUCCCGGCCGAUGGACCUCCAUCACCAUCACCAUCUGCAGCACCAUCAGCCGACGUUAAAUCACCCGUUGACGGCCGACAUGCACCAAGACGAUUCGGAAGGCGGCCGGAGUUCGGCUAGCUCGCCGACGUCCAGUUACCGGGAUUUGUCCGGAUGCGAAGACUUCGACAUCAAGAUCCCGAAACCCAGAAGCACCGAGGGAUCGGUGACCGGCGGCGGGGGUAGUAACAACAACAACAACAACAAUAACAAUAAUAAUAACAAGGAACAAAAGCCGAAAAAGCACAAGUGCAAGCAUUGCGGGCUGGAGUGCGUCGAAAAAGUGCAGUAUUGGAAGCACAUCCGCACUCAUAUCAAACCGGAACAGCUGCUGGAGUGCCCGAACUGCGAGUUUGUCACCGACUUGAAACACCAUUACGAGUAUCACCUGCUGAACCACACGGGAGCCAAACCGUUCACGUGUCCCGAUUGUGAUUACAAGUGCGUGAGCAAGUCGAUGCUUCAGUCGCACCUCAAAUCGCACUCCAACAUAUUUCAGUUCCAGUGUUACGAUUGCGGAUACGCUUCCAAGUACAUGCACAGUCUGAAGCAACACCUGAAGAAACGCGAUCACCGGCCCGCGACGCCGCUCAACCCGGACGGCACGCCCAACCCGGACAUCGUCAUCGAUGUGGUGGGAAACCGUCGCGGUCCCCGUCAGAACAAGAAACAGAACAGGCUCGUGCCUUACCAACAACAGCAGCAACACCACCACCACCAAAUGCAACAGCAGCAGCAGCAGCAGCAGCAACAGCAGCAGCAGCAGCAGCAACAGCAACAACAGCCGAUGGCCGUGUCUUCGUCGCAAGAAGACCGGGACGGCGGCGGCAACAGCAGUGGCGGACACCCGUCCCCGUACUCGAUGCAACAAUUACUGCAGACGCCCGGAGUGUCCUCGGCCGGGUACACGAGUUCGUUGUACUCGAUGAUCUCCAAACACAAAGAGAUGGUCGAAUACCAGGCCGAAUAUCUGGCCAUCAAGAACAACAACAACAACAACAACAAUAACAACUCGACGGCGGUCGACGAUAAGAUGGACUACCAUCACUACCAUCCGUCGUUGCAUCCCGGCGACGACGCGGUAAAUGUCGAAUAUAACGGUGGCGGCGGCGGCGGCAGCAGCAGCGGCGGCGAACGAACAUUCGACUGGGCCGUAUCCUACGAUCAGCCGCUCGUCACGUCCGUGGCCGUCGCCGUCAUCGAAACGGGUCCGUUGAACCUGAGCAAGGACUCGUCGGUUAUGCCUCGGGCGGCCGGUAGUAGCCGUCGCAAAGGCAUAGCGUGCAAACUAGAACGUCCGGCCAUCGAACCGGCGGCCGCAAAGGUCACUUCGCCCGUUCAGCAGCCGCCCGCCUGGGUGAACUGUCCCGAGCCGCCCAAGAUGGAUUUACCUCAACCGCAGCAACCGCAACCGCAACAACAGUUGUCGGUGACGUCGGUCAAAGAAGAAAACAGUAUUACGCAGGUCGCGCAGCAGCAGCAGCAGCAACAACAACCACAGCAACAGCAACAGCAGUCGUCAUCGUCUUCGCCCGAAAAGGACGACGAGACGCACGUCUGUCACCAUUGCGACAUCAUAUUCAAAGAGAGCAUCAUGUACUCCAUGCACAUGGGUUUCCACAGCUUCCGGGACCCGUUCGCGUGCAACUUGUGCGGCGAGAUCACCGGAGACAAGUUUUCGUUUUUCGCUCAUAUAGCCCGCGUACCGCACAGUUAG